AUGAAUCUUCAAUCCCAAGGUGACGAGGAGGCCAAAGGCUACAAGGAGAUCAAUGAGGAGAAACCAAAAGAUGAGGUUAAAAGAAUCACCCCUUUACUGAUCUUCCUCUGUGUAUUUAACCUGUUCUUAAAAGCAGCAUACUCAAUCUGUCCUCCUUUCCUUCCUGCAGAAGCACUUGAGAAACAAGUUAGACAGGAAUACAUUGGGAUUAUGUUCUGUAUCUACUCUGUGGCAUUCGCAAUCAUCAGCCCACUUGUCGGGAAAUUCAUUCCAACUGUUGGAAGAAGAAACUUCUUGAUCAUUGGGUGCAUCCUGAUCGUCACCUCGAACAUUGGCUUUGCUUUCAUGCAUUUUGUUAAUAAUUCAAUGGUGUUCUCCAUAUUGUUUAUGGUUAUGAGAAUUAUACAAGGAAUCGGAACAGGAAUAAUUCAGACAACCAAUUACUCAAUUGUAUCACUCGUUUAUGAGAACCAAGUUGAAUUUGCCAUUGGCCUCUUGGAAUCAGCAGCUGGAUUUGGUCUCUGAUUUGGCCCUAUCAUUGGGAUUGGACUACUCAAGGUCGGAGGAUAUGUUGGGUCUUUCCUUACUUUCGCGAUCCUAUUCAUUAUAUUUGCAAUUGUGAUCAGACCUGUAUUGCCAUCAAACUUAGAUACGACUAAUGAAGAUGAGGAUGAAGUUGAUACUUCUAACUAUUCAUAUUUCAAAUUAUUAACCAAUAGAAGAAUCCUAUUUGCAAAUCUAUCGGUCAUCCUGAAUAUAGCCCAGUACACCUUCAUAGACCCAAUUCUGAGCCACAGGAUGCAGCAGGAAUUCGGAUAUGAUGUCAAGUUUACAUCUUUGAUGUUCUUCUUCAUCGGGUUUGGAUACUCCACAACAUGCAAUGUUGUCCAUAUCACUCUCGGAUUCAUCAGUAAAAGAAGAUGAAUCAUGCUGUUCUUUCUACUAAACGGAGUCUGCACUUUGCUCUAUGGUCCCAUCGACUUGUUUUCCAUUCCCAAGUCUGUGUGGGUUGUGUCAAUUGCCAUGGUCAUCGCUGGUUUCAGCUCAGCACACACUCUGAUCCCAACCUACCCAGAGAUGCUGGUGGCUGGAACUGAAGAACUCGGGAUGCCUAAGAAAGUGGUGGACAACCUUGGCUCUGGCCUGUUCAACAUGAACUUCGCAAUCGGAGAAGUUCUGGGACCUUUAGUUGGUAACCAGCUGUAUGUCAGCACAGGCAUCGUGAACACUUCGAAUUCUGCGGGAGGGUUCAUCCUAGGCUUUACUCUGUUGUACUACUUGUGCUGCGAUAAGAGAAUGCCAUGGAACAAGAAACAACAUGAUGAUUAAAUCUUUCUACCAAUUAGUAGCA